CCCUCAGCCCGAGGAUGCGGAUGCAACUGGGCUGGGGCAUGGUGUGGCUGCUGCUGGGGAUGGGCUUGGGUGUGCUGGCACAGGCAGAGGAGCCAUCAGUGGGAUCCCCACGGAGUCGCAUCAAGGCGGAAACGGAAACCCUGAUGACGGGCGACAGCUUCAACAUACGCCACGGGCGCUCUCGCUCGCAUUUCCUCCUCCAUGGCAAUGGCAGUGGCACAGCCACUGGGAAUGGGAAUGCCAUCAGUACCCGCCUCCUCCUGGUGCCGCCCACUCCCACCCAGCUGCCGAGCGGCACCUCCCCCGCACCGGUGACGCACAAAAUCCGCAAAUUGCACAAGAAGAAAAUCAACGAGAGCAUUCGCAAGAGCGUGGACAAGAGCCUGGGCCUGCUGCAUCCGUCGAAGAACCAUCGCAGCCUGGCCGAGGCCGAGCACCUGCAGGGGCGUCCGGCCAGCGAGGAUACCGGCGAGGACCGGGCCCUCAGUGAGGUCAUGCAGCUGGCGGAUGAACUGGAGCUGGAGAGUUCACUGACCACGCCCCCCGAUCCCAGUAUCGGUGUCCAGCAGGCACGUCAAUUUGUGCGUGCCAGUGCUGAUGAAACCAAUUACCAGGACCAGGACCAGGAUCAGGAGGAAAACCAAACCCAUGAGAGGCAGGUAAUGCCAGAGGAUGACGAUGACGAUGACGAUGAUGAUGAUGACGACGAACAGGAGGAGGAGGAGCAGCUAUCCACCACAGCCAGACCCAGAACCCGCCUGCUGCCCGUGAAUGGCACUUGGGAGAGAGCUGGCAAGACACUCCGCGAUUCCUCCUCAGACUAUGAAAACAAUGACCUGGAUGUGGAGGAAGAUAGCCAACAGACGCUCAACCAUCUGCAGCAACUCAAUGACACCGAGUGGCCGGAGGGGAACCCCCAGAGAGAGCCCGAAGCGGAGGCCAGAUCCCAGGCUGCCAGCAUGGAAAUCAAGCAGAUAAGCUUUGACAGCGACUCUGAUGCGGAUUCGGAUUCGGAUACCGAUGCCGGGCUGGACACAUCCGAGGUGACCAUGGACGAUGGCUAUCCUCCAGAUGCCCAAAUCGAUGACAAGACCAAGCAGCUGGUCAUUGGCGAUGUGGAGGGCAGUGAUUCGGAUGCGGACAACAUGGAGUCCAGCCAGAUCACUGCCGAUGUGAUCAAUGCUCGGGAUAGCAAGAUCGAUCUGGUGUCCAAGUUCCUGCAGUACAUUGAGCAGCAGCAUCUGAUGGGCUCCAACUGUGUGGCCGGCACAUCGCUGAAUCUGGGCGAGGGUGUGGUGGACCGGUAUGCCCAGGACCGGUUCCGGGUGGAGGCCGAGGUGGCCGUCAAUCGCGCCAAUAUGCUGACCAGAAUCUUCAAGACCACAGGACGCUCGGUGCAGGAGGAUGUCAACCUGCUGCACGCCUCCGUCCUGUCCAUGGUGGAGUUCGACGAUGAUAUAUUCGCGGCCGGAAAUUGCUUCGACUGGAACGAGCAUCCCGCCCAGCCAGGACUCUUUUGUCCCUUCGCCUACCGCCUGCCGCCGCCGAAUCUGGGCGCGGUCUUUGCCAAGGAUCUGGCCAUGGAGUAUCACUAUCUGGGCAAUACCUCCGAAUGGUUCUUUCUGGCCCGCAAGAACGCCGAGAAGGUGAUAGCCCGGAAUGAGCAGUAUCUCAAGUCCUUUCAUCUCUACUCGAACCGCACCGAGGAGCGCAUCGAGGACGACACGCUGGCUGUGAAGUACGAGGACGGCAGAUGGUCAAAACCCUACUACGAUUGCGGUGGCGGCAACAUUUGGAUGCUGACCUACACGGUGCCAUUCUUUGGAUACGAAAAUGGAACCUAUCACUUCAAGGGCACAUCUGGCAUCGAUAUUGACUUGCGGCGCGUGGACAUCGACCAGUGCCCCCAGCGCCACACGCCGGGCACCAAGCGACCGCUGAACAUCUUUGCUGGCACCGACAAGUGCAAGCAGAGGACCACAAUGUGCGAGGCCAUCAUGGGAUUGGGUUUUCGGCGCGGCUCCUACAAAUGCCUGUGCCGCAAGGGAUUCUACUUUCCCGACGUGGUCUCGCUGCACAAGUUCUUCAACGGGAGCCUGCUGGAGGAGGAGUACGAGAAACUGAUGCUGGGCAAGAACUCGACGUAUAAUAGCAACAGCGAGUACGAGUGCCUGCCGUGCGCCGAAGGAUGUGACUCCUGCGAGGACUCCUCGCCCUGCAUAGCCGCCCUCAACUGGCCGAUGCGGACCAGCAUCCUGGCAUUGGCCUGCAUCGUGAUUGGCCUCCUGCCGCCGGCGGCCUGGUUCACCUUCCGCUACCAGCAGGUUAAGGUUGUAAGGGCCGCCAGUCCUGCCUUGUUAAGGGUCAUUGCAUUGGGCGCCUUCUUUAUCUACUGCACGAACAUUGUGAUGUAUCCCAAUCCAAAUCUCUACACCUGCACUGCUCGCAUUUGGCUCCGCGAAAUAGGUUUCUCCUUGACCUAUGGAGCUCUGAUGCUCAAGACCUGGCGGAUAUCGGUAAUUUUCCGUGUCCGCUCUGCCAAGGCUGUGAAAAUCACAGAUGCCGCUCUCCUCAAGAGACUGGGCAUCAUCUGCGGGGCCAUUGGCACCUGUCUGCUGGUCAGGACUCUGGUCUCGCCGCCGGACGUGGUCGUGGGACGCACUGCCGAUGACCUGAAGGCGUUUCUUUGCAAAACCGACUGGUGGGACUACACAUUCACCUCGAUGGAGGUCCUGUUCCUGGCCUGGGGCGUUCGCCUGUGCAUCAUGGUGCGAAAGGCACCAUCGGAAUUCAACGAGAGCCGCUUCAUAUCGAUGGCCAUCUACAAUGAGUUCCUGCUCACCUGCUUCCUCAAUGUGUCUAUGCUCUUUCUGCAGUCCCCCGCCAAUCCAGAUUUGCUUUACAUCAUCUUCUUCUGCCACACCCAGUUGACGGUGACCCUGCUGCUGGCUUUAAUCUUUGGCAGCAAGGUGUACAUCGUUCUAAGGAGUGGCAAAUCGCAUCAGGAGAACAUCGGCCUGGGCACCAAGGCAUCGGGGGCCAAAUUCAAUUUUCGUCCUCAAGUGCGCACCUUUGCGAAUCCCAGUUCGGUGACCACCUCCACGGUCCCAGUGGCGGGCACAACGUCAGCAGAAAACAAGCUCUCCGAUCAGGAGGCUUUGGAGGAGAUACGUCAGCUUAGCAUGCAGCUGCAGCGCAUCCAGGAGAUGGCUCCACCCAAAGGUGUGGCCGUAAUGACCAUAUCCAGCCUGCUGGAUGGCUUGAAGACACCUGGUGGCCUCAUGGUGGUGGCAGCGGCCGCUGGUGCUGGCCACUCGGCCACCGCGGCAGCCAGCCGUCAGAGUGCUCUGCCCCUCCUGGCCCUCAAUGCCGAGAUGCAAAAGUACAGCCAGCAGAAUAACAAUGCGAAUGGCAGGAGCAGUGCCCGCGCCAGUAUACCGACCAUGGUGCUGGAAACGCCUCCAAGCUCGACACCUCCGUCGACGGCCUUUGAGGAGCGGGCCAUGAACACGGAGCUGAGCGGAGAUGACUUCCGGGAGCAGCUCCUGAGGCGAACUGCCGAUGGGCACAUCAUCUGCAGCAGGUGCUUGGAUGCGUCCAAGGAGCACUACUACUGCUGCCCGCCGAGGAGUGUCUGCGACCACUUGGGGUCGCCGCAACAGGAGGCUGGAGGCAGUCUAAGCUUUGCCAACAUUAAGCUGGAGUGCAUGUGCUCCCAGUCGGAGGAUCUGGACCAGGACCGGGAUCGGGGGGAUCAGCGGCAGAGGAGGCCUACGGUAAGGACUGCGGCCACCAAUACUCCCCCAACCAGCUGCAAGCGGGCUGCACGGAAUCUCCUCGAGACGGAGCUCAGCAUUUCGUAUCAAAUUUGUGAUAAUUGUAGAAGUAAGUACAAGCUGACGGGUCGAAGGCGAAGCGGCAGCUACUCCCAGGCCCAGGCGAAUGCCCAGCUCUGCCAGCAGCAGUUGCCAGGAGUACCGGCGAUCCAGUCCCGAUCCAGCGAGAUCCUGGAUCGUACAGCCAUAGCCAGCGAUGUGGAGACGGAGUCACGAACCAAGGCAGCUCACUCCACCGACGACAUUGUUCUUUACUCCAGUUCGGAGAAGGAGUUGAAGGAGGCUGUGAGGGACCAAUCCCAGCUGGAGGAGGAGCCUGUGCCGGCUCCCUCCCUGGGGAACGUUUCUGUGGCUUCCAACAACUCUACGAGUCAGACGGACAAGACCAGUGGCAGUGGCGGAAACUCCAGACCAAAGAGACCAGAUAAGCUAGUCCUGGAUCUGAACGAUCGGUCCAAAUACACCAAGGAGGUUUCCGUGUAAAGAAGGGGAGAUGUUCAUAGGUAAAGUUAUUCAAUUUUUAAAAUUGUUUUCAGGCGGAAUAAAUGAGUGAAUAGUGCCGAAGCCUUUAAGUUAAUUAAUUAUGCUGGAAACCUGUAACUAAAAGAGCUCUAAGUAACCAGAGAACUGUAAAUACUUUCAAUAAUUUUCCACAUUUUCCAUUUGUAUAAGGCUUGAAUUUAUCAUUUUGCAAAUAUCACAUAUAUAUAUUUAUAUGCAUUGUUGAAGGGUAUAAUUUUGGAAAUGAGUUUCCCAAUGCAACCCGAAUUUAUACCUUUAAAUACAGACAAACCAAGUUUCUCCAUUCGGUUUCGGCUUUAAAAUUACAAAAAUCGUUAAACAAUUUUCACCGAAGAAGAGUUUUAUUAUGCUUAGGAGGCCAGUUGAAAAUCACCAAAGACUUUAUUAAAUUGUAUUUAUAGAUAAACUGAUUGAUUUAGCUAACUAUAGGUAUAAGUUUAGGGCCCAAAACACCUGGUUUUGAGGCAAUAAAGAGUGGGGGAGCUGUGUGCAAUGUGAUUUGCAAUUUGCAUUGCUAAGCGAAAUCAUCAUUUGCAACUAUAAUGAGCCCCGUGAAUAUAUGUUGUGAAUAUAUUUUGCAUUUGGCAAACAUGCAGAGAGCAGCUCGCCAGCCCACUGGCUAAAGUCAACAACAUUCUGCCUGAAAGUCAUUUGUUUUCGGCCGGAAUUAAAUUAAAUUUACAUUUCCAUGUAUGUAUGUAGAUAAUUAAAUCUAAAUUGCUUACUAAUUGAAAACUGCAGCGAGUCAUUUCCCAUGAAAAUGAUUUAGAUAAUACUCAUAAUGAUGGUGGUAAAAUGCAUUUGCUGUUAUAUUUAUUAAGUCAUGUUUAAGUGCCGAACUAUUGAAAAUGGAAGCCCAACCACACACCAAAAAACACACAGAGAGACGCUGUAAAAUAUAUAUUAAAUAAAAGUUGAUGUGAACUGUAAAAUACACAUAUCUCUUUGAAAACUCACACUAUACCUUCCAACCCUAAAUAUAUAGUGAGUGAAUAAUGUUUAGCCCUAAUUGUAGCUACAAUUAACUACUACAUUAAUUAGCUGUCCUACACUUAGAGCUGCAAAAAAAUAAAAACAAUGAAUAAUCUCCACCAUCGAUUCAAUGCUAACAAUUGCCCACCCCAUGCGAAUUGUAAUUUAAUUUUGGAGAAAUCAGAUGAUGUACGAUGUAUUUAUGUAAUGUAGUUAAGCGUUGCUGUUAUCGAGUUGGA